AUGAAUAACAAUGAUGCUAAAAAUGUUUUUAUGGACGAACACGUUUCCUUUUGGGUCGAGAAACAGGGUGAUAAAGGAUUGAUAUUCAAAUGGCAUGAACGUAAUGAAAACGACGUAGUUGAAGUUUUCGACCAUUUGAGCACGUCCGCAGGUAAUACGCAAUCAUCAGUGAGGUCAAACGCAACUGAUCUUCCAACUCACCUUAAACAUUCGUGCUCGAAAAAUAGCAAUAAUAUUGAGGUGAUUUGGUUAGAUAGUAAUGCUAAUAAUAACGACGAUUGCUUAGAUACACAAGCUAGGCUUGAUACACUCAUUCAAUCUUCACAGGUAUUUUUGGAUUCGGACGAAUGUGUUGAUUACAUUGUAUCCAGUGAUGAUCGCGCAGUCUUUCUUGUCACAUCAGGUUCGCUUGGUCGUAUUCUGGUUCCACUUAUUCAUAACACUGAUCAGAUUAUUGGCNCUUUCUAA